AUCUCACCCCUCUCCCCGCCGCUAUGACCAAGACCGCCAAGCCGCAGAGCGGCAAGAACCCCAUGGGCAUUGUCUCAGUCGUCAUGCUCAACUUGCCGUUCCCUGCGGUCAUGCUUGCCGUGGACGCCCUCGGCUACAUGGCGACGGCCGAGGCGGCGCUGCAGGGGCUCGUGCCUGGCGGACAGCUGACGUCACUGGCGGCGUUUGGCAUGGGGGCCAUCGCCUUCCAUCUGCUUAACGGCUGGCUCGGGGCGUGCGUGAACGGGGCGCGUGCGGCGUACGACGUCCCGUGGCCGCACGCUUACGCACCGACCGACAACAAGCACAAGAUCCUGUUCGACUCAACGCAGCGGGCGCACCAGAACACCGUCGAGGGCGCUGUCCCGCUCCUGGUCUCGUUCCUCCUCGCCUCGCGCUCGUACCCGGCCAUCGCGCUGCUUUGCUUCCUGACCUUUAUCGCCUCGCGCAUCCCCUUUGCCCUCGGCUACAUGUCGGGCAUUGUCUCGCGCAAGGACUCGGGCGUCUUUGGCUACCCGCUGGGCAAGAUGCCGCUCUUUGGCCUCGCCGUCGUCACCGUCGUCGACGCCGUCGUCCACGGCACCGAUUGGUGACCAUCGACCUACCCCUGCCCGUGCUCGCUCCCUGUAAAGUGCUUGGCUGCCA